AUGGACGGCCUAUUGGAGCCCAUCAAGACCACCCGCAAAGUGCAGAGGAAUAUUGACAAGUUCGAGACCCUGUCAUUGAAAGAUCCUGCGCCAGUAUCACGCCAAGUCAGUACCCAACCUAAGAUAUCUGUUCUCGACAUCACAACAGAGGCCAGUGACAGCGCAGACGACACACUUAGUCUUCGUCCCUCGGUUGGCACGUCUACAAGUCGGAUAUCUACAGAGGUGCAACAGACGAAGCAUAAGCGUCAAGACUCUACGGCGUUCCUCCAGAAGACUUAUCUAGACAAAUCGCCACCUGCAUCGCUACUCGAUGAUGCGCUUGAGAUUUUGAAGAAUCAACCAAACAGCGAGGACCUGGCAGCCGUCUUACAGUAUCUUCAAUACGGCAUUGAAGGAAGACACGACUUCAACAUUCACGUGCCGGCGCCCAAGGCCUCCCAGAUCAUUAACAUACUCGUCACUGUCACCAUUCCCGACCAAUGGCUUCAUUUGCGACAACCCACGCUUUCGAGAGCAGAUAUGCAGCUCAGAACAGCCCUGCUAUCCUCUCUCACUAGUGUCGCCGGACUCGGUGCACUAUUGAUGCAAAUCAGACGCCUUUCUUCUAUGAACGCCGGCCAAGAUAGUUCGCUGUUGGAAGAUACCGUCUUUGUUCUAUCGACGAUCCUUGCCGGCAACACGAUCAUUUCCAAAUUCUUAUCCCAUGCUGUGAAGACUAUUCCCGCAGAUACGCAGCGACGUGUCUUCUGGCAAGAAGCGACUGCUCUGCUUGCAGGCAGCAAGAUCCUCACAACCAUGUCGCAAGUCUUUGCCACGUUUCGGGACGUGAAAGGAGCAGGAGAGAAUGGCAAAUGGCUUGGGGACGGAAAUGAGUACUCGAGAUGGCUUGCACGCAAUAUUUCGUCCGCCGCAGCAAGCUUCAACACGAUGCCGCACUCCAAUUCCCAGCAGAUGAGCCUUCUCUGCCAGGUGCUGAAACGCGGGCUUAAUCUUGGGUAUCGCGAUACGUUAGUCAGCGAGCUCUACAACUCGCUUCUUCUCGGGAAGCGAGCGUUGUGGACCAUAAUGCAUAUUUUAAUCCAGGGUCUUCCAACGUAUGAUCAAAAAGUCCUCUUUGAUACCAUCCUACGAGACCUUGCACGGAGAUAUUUCGCCAACGGAGCAGAUAUCGUGGGACCGAAGGAGCUGCUGGAGAUGAAUACCUCCACGGUCGGUGGAGUGGCAGCCAUGAUCAACGGGGUCGUCCAGAACAGCCCCCUCUUGGAAGCACAUGUUAUUCAUUGGUUGACGAGCACAAACGGAGAAUACGCUGGUCUAGGUCUGAAUACUCGUAGGGCUGUUAUUGCAACCCUGGCGACGAAUCAAGACAAGCUUGAGCAAAUCCUCGAGAGAAGUCUGGAGAACUUCGGGAACAAACUACAAAUUCAGCGUGAUGCUAUUCUCCAGCAGGAGUCGACCGCUCAAACUAUCCUGCUUGCCUUCGGCUACCUAAACCGUUUGGAUCACAGCUUAGUCAAAAAGUUUUCGGGUUCGAGUGCUUUCGUUCGGGCGGUCUCCAAUCGACUUUCUGCAUCGGUUCCUCGCGCCCGGCUUUUGGGGAUGAUAGUCGCGGUCGCAGUCUCGAGGCUAGUAGAUCAGCCGGACAAGGUCAUGAACUUCGGCGUCGAGGAGAUGGAAGGUGAGGAGGCGGAGCGACUGAUGGAGCUAGUCAACAUACAAGACGCAGUUGGAGGUUUGGAACAGCUGCAGAAGAAAACAGUCGAGCCCUUGAAGAAGCGUCCUUUCCACAAGACCCCAAAACCUGCGAGCCGCAAACGGCGAUCAACAGAGCCACGACCUCAGGGUUCUAAGAUUGUGGCCAUUGAGGAAGUUUUCGACUCGGACGGAGCACCCUCGGUUGAGGAGGAAGAGGAGGAUCUCCAUCCUUAUCCACUACCAGAUAGCGAUCCUUCCGACUCAGACGAAGACCCUACACUGGUCAACCGAAGCAAACCAGCUCCUCCAGUCUACAUCACAUCCCUCAUAAAGCAGCUCAACGCAAACGACGACCCCUCCGUGGUCGGGCUGGCAAUCAAGACGGCACCAUCUUUGAUACGUCGGAAGGCAAACUUUGGCGAUGAAUUAUCCACCAAUAUCUUCCAGUUGGCUUCAUCUCUUGUGAAUGUGCAGGAAGGCAUGUCAACGGAAGACAUGCAGCGAUCAAGACUGGAGGCCAUGAUCGCAUGUCUGGUUUCAAUACCUAGGGUAAUGGGACCCUGGAUCAUAAGCACGUAUUUCGAAGGGGAUUUCUCUCUGUCAACACGUGCGGCCCUGUUGACAGCAGUUUCUCUGGGAGCUAGAGAGCUGGCAGGAAUCGACGAUGGUAUCGACAAACCGUCUAGGACCGAACGCCCGAACGAGCCAGCAUUUCCCUCAAAUCGACUACCACCGCGUCUUGAGCCAUUCUAUUCCUCCUCGACACCGGUUGACACCAUUUCAACAACACUGUCCUAUCGCACGCUUCAGCCAAUGGCGCUGCAAGCGGCCGAUAAGCUCACAGGGCCGGACAUCCUCAAGGUCCGUACAUUUUCUUCGCGGAUGGAAGUCGCCGCCAAAACAGCCGCGAAGCUCGAAGCCCGCUCAAAACGCAUCCCGAAGGACCUGCACAAGCUGCUUGCAGAAGCAAUUUACCUACCACUUUGUUCGCGACUGACUCUUCUCCUCACUUCGCUAGCCACGUCGCCUUACCUGGCACAUUCCACCCUCCUACACCCCUCCUUGGUGAAACUGAGCCUGCAGACACUCAUAAUCCUCCUCUCCACCAUAGGUCCGAACGCUUUACAGCUCUCCACACUAACCCACGAAUCCCUUUUAAUGCUGACGACGCUCCAUACUCUGCCUAACCUAGCACACGAUGCAAUCGUUCUCCCUCCCAUUCUUCACUUGAUCCUGACACUUCUGGACCUGAACAUCGAAGCCGGGAAAACAGCCGAAGAACGCCUGGUCACAGACUUUGGGCCCAUGUUUGCAGAGCUAGUCUCCUGGGCCAGCAGCCUGGGAGAUGGCGUUUCAAUACCCGAGGUGGAUGGCGAUCCCGAGUUGGGAAUGGCAAUGCCAUGGCCUGUUCUUGUUGCAGGAAUACAGGUCAAGUGGCAGGAUGUUGGACGGAAGUUCCAGGGCAGGAUGUUGGGUUUGAUGGCAGGCACCGAUUUCGACUCUUUUUGA